GUCUCAUCAUCUGAAUAUGCCUGUCCUGAAUGAUGCGCCUUUCUCCCCUGGCAUGACACACUUACUGGGCUGCGGAGCCGAGCCGAGCCGAGCCACGGGACGAGGCACGGGACAGAGACAGGACAGAGUCAGACGAACAUGAUGAGGAUGCGGGAAAGAAAGGCAGAUAAGAGCUCAAAUGGUGAUGCCGCUAUUGACAAAGGAAUGUCCAUUGAGAAAGAAGCCAAAUAAAUAAAAGAUCUGCGGAGUGGGGGGGGUGGUGACAGUGCUGGUGAUGAUAGUGAGGAGGUUGUAAGCUAAGGACGGACCGCUCGGAGGAGGAUGCUCGGACGACCGGAGCGCUUCUCUGCUCAGGGUUGAUCAUCGUGCGAGUAAAUCUCGGGUAUCACCGAGAGUUUAACGAAGCGCUAUUCUGAGGAGGAGAGGCCAAGUCCCGAGAGAGCGCGAGAGCGAGAGAGAGAAAGCGAGCGAGGGGGAGAGAGAGAGAGAGAGAGAGAGAGAGAGAGAGAGAGAGAGAGAGAGAGAGAGAGGACUGGGUGAUCGUUGUGUUGCUGCUGUUGUCAGUGAUGUGAAGCGACAUUAAGGAGCUGAUGAAAGGACUUCUAGUUGUGCGUGGACACAUUUCUACACCUUCUUUGCAGCAGCACUGUGUGGUAGAGACCAGUUGAAGUGGGCUUCCUGCCUGUUGAGAUGUGCCAAUAGGAAACACUGUGAACAGGGGUUCAUGCUGAUGAAAUUGAUCUGCUCAGCAGUGAGCUCCAACCAGAGCCAUGGGGAGUACCCAGACUGCCGGAGUGAGAGGGAGUCGGGAGGGGAGACGUCUCUCCUGGUGUCUCCGCUGGUGGUGGCGGGGAUCGUUAUAGGUCUGGUCCUCUUCCUCUCCUGCAUCACCAUCAUCGUCGGCAGCCUGCGCAAAGACAGUCGACUCCGAAACCCACACCUACGGGCUAGCUACGGUCUGGAUGGUUUUUCCUAUGGAGGUUCCGUAGGAGAACUGAGAUCUACCUGUUUAGAAGACUUUCCUCCUGGUUUAGACUUUGAUUCCUACAGAGAGACUCUGUCACAGGUCAACAACCUGUACCCCGACUCACCGCCACGUUACGAUGAGUGUGUUGGCCCAGGUUCAACUCAGAUCUACCUACCUACAGAUGACCCGCCCCCUUACUCCCUAUUGGACCCUUGUCAGAGAGGGGCAGAGCAGGAGGAGCAGCCUAACUACACCGGUCUGGAUCCUUCUCCAAACUACGGCGAGACCUCGGCCAGUGCUGCCUGGUUCUCCCCCUCCCACUACCCGCUGGAACUACAGGAGCAGGAACAUCAACACGUUGCAUCCAUCUCCUUCCCGCUGGAGGCGGCGCCGCCUUAUGAGUCAGUGUUGGCCGAGCAGGGACAGCCCCUCCCUCUCAUGCCAUGCGACCUUUAUAAACACCAAUCAGAGAGGGAGGAUGAUGGCAAUUCCCGGCAGCCAGGGGCGAACCAGAUCUUGUGAGACAAUUAAUUUGUUUCUUUCACUUGCGCCUUUGGUUGUCCCCGGUUGAAUUAAACAAACACUUGUGAUGUGGGCCCAAAAUGGCUGUUAGGAGCAGCUGUGACACCAAACAAUGGACACUAAUGAGAUUUCCCACACAGUUGCUAACACCUACACCUGUAAUGAGGCUGACAAUGAGCAUCUCAGUGGACUGAAAUCAAGGCCGGGACUCCAAUUUUUAACAAUUUAACUACAGUUUGUUUCUGGACAAAGUAAAAACUCACCAAUUGCGCUGUAAGUUUCUGGAGAGACAGCUUCUCUUAUACAAAGGAUUGUCGCCCCACUGAUGCUCCCUUUGACAAAGACUCUUCUCCAUUAACACCAUUGUCUUGUUAAGUUUUUGCCAUAUAUUGACUGUUUUAUCUUCCUUUCUUCAAUCAGGACUAAUUACGAAGAGUCAUGUUUGGAGUUUAGAACAUCUUCUCAUCACACUGUAAAGGUCGACAAGCCGACUUGGCUUGUAGAAGAAAGACUGAGUGCAAACAAUAUCAAUGUGGUGUUUAGUAGAGUAGUUUAAGGUAUACACAAGCACACAGAGUACUUCCCCCUCCCAUCUCGUUUGGUAUGAUCCCCACCUUCCAGUCUAUUUAAAUGACGUUUUGGACAAGAGUAUAAUUACCACUGAGUUGUGUACAACAUCCUUAACCACCAGAACACCACUGUAGUGUGCAAACAUUUGGAGCAGUGUGUUGUUCUGUAGCUUCCAGUGUGGUGGUAGCAUCCUCGUGGGUAGAACGAUUUUGUGAUGAAAUGGUUGUGAACAUGAAAUCCAAUCUAAUUAGGAACUAUACCUGGCAUUAUCAACACUCAGUUGUGUCAUACUGUAUACUGCUUUCAAGUUAUAAGUCACCAUGAUGAUGUUGUGUAGGUCAUUGUUAAAUAUUUGCAGCAUAGCCUACAUCUGUCAACACCAGAAUGAGAACCACUAUUGUACAAAUUGCCAUACCUCUUUCUAUAUAUACACUGUAUAUUGAUAAACUAUUCUGUAACUGGACCCCAGCAGCAAAAUGUAGCACGGAGCCCGCCUCCUGACGAGGUCGGGGUUGAUGCAUCAGAGAAGUUACACAUUAAACUGUAGACCAUAACAAACUGUUUACUGGAGAGAUGGAUGCUUCUGCCUUUGUCCAUUUGUCACACGUUCAUGAAGGGAAGCACUUGGCUUGAGCGAUCACAGAGGACGUUCUCAUACCUAAAUAACAGAAAAGGUUGAUUGCCAACAACCUCCAAAACGACAUAUACAGUAUGGCCAUCCUAUUUAACGCCAUGAUACGGCCACAUAGUGAGCAAUAGAUAGUGACUUGACAGACAUGACUUAUUUCAAUGAUUUAAUUUUUAGAUUGCCACUUUAAAUCGAAGGGUUUGAGUUGCGUUACCUAACUAUAUCUUAACCAUGAUUUAGUAUAAUUUUGUGUAUAAUAAGUAAGUGCACAAAUGUCGAACACCUUGAAAAAUAAACAGAAUCCAGACUUCAUUAAGUGUGGCCAU